CGAUUUUUAGUGAUAUUUUCUCGAUUUAAAUAUGAAUGGAACAUAGUUUUUGUUUAGCGGGCUCCGUUAAAUCAGUCUGAUUUGAACACCUUUAGAUUUAGGAACACAAAGGAGUAAUUGUGGGAUUAAUCACGAGCCUAUAGGCUAUGAAUAAGACAUAUAAUAAGUAUCUACAUUCUUCAUGAAGUAAAGUCUUCAUCAUCAGACUACUCUUGACUUACGAUGAUUGAGGAAAAGAGAAUAUUAAGGUCAGCUACCCAUGCAAAUGGAAAGCUAAAAGCUCAGUUUAAUGAAUCUCUUCCUUUCCUUAAGUCUCUUCAGGAGCUAAAGGAUUUGAGGGCUCAAAUUGAAGAAGCUGCAGACUACUGUGAAAAAUCAUACCUAAAAUCAGAGGAUAAAGCACUUGUGUUGCACAACACAAAAGAGUAUCUAUGCAGAUCAGUGGUUACAAUUGUUGAUCACCUUGGAAGUGUUUCUGCUAGUCUUGAUUGCUGCAUUCAGACGAGUAGCCGAGCUCAUGAACUGGAGACUCGAAUCAACUGCCUAAAACAAAAACUUGAUUCGUAUGAUCAGUUCCAUUACAACUUCACCUUGACAAAAAUUCGAUGGAGUACAGAUUUACCAAGACAUCAUCCUCGAUAUAUCUUACCGCAAUCUGAUCCCAGUAAAGAAUCGAGCUCACCACCGAGGGAACUUAAUCACCCAACUGAUCUAAUAAAAGAUGGUGGGAGUGAGCUCAAGAUUGUUGAAGAUGUGCCGCUUUUAUUGCACACGAGCUCGAAUGAGAUAUGUCUAGGUACAAGUCCAAGUUCACCCCUUGUAAUUCAUGCCAAAGAUAUUACAGCAAUGCCUGUUCAUGAUGGAUUCGCAGCUGCACCAAAGUUAAUAAGGAAUCCUUCUUUCCAAUUUCAGGAUAUUAGAAGACCUGGUGGAAUCAGGAGAUUACUGCACUGGAAAUCUGCAAAUGACGAAGAGAUUUUAUCGAUACUACGAAGAAGUAAAAAGCAGCCAUCGAGAUUGCUAAAGCUCAAGCAGAAGCUUCAUCUCGAUUUUUCAUUAUAGAAUUUUCGGUCUUUCUAUGACAUUUGAUACAACUGUUUACAUACAAUACUUCAUUUCUUUCUCAGUCUCCUUGUUGGGUCAAAAAAAUGAUUCUACCAGCUCCUGGUAUUCUGCCUUAUAUGCAGCCUCCAGGAGCAUAUGAAAGACAAUGUUAUUGAUGAUUAGAAUUGAUGACCUUAACCCUAAUUGUGUAGUUCUCUAUCUCACCAAA